GCUACAUCAACCGUGAUGUCAUUCUCCCGCGAAAAUAACGGCUACUCUUCUCUCUGGUCCUUUGUUAUUAUUUUUGGACCCCCAUCACAAGCAACUCUUCUAAAUACCUCCGUUGAAAAAAAUCUACAACCACUUCCUCCUCUCCUUCUACUCAUGGACCAACAAGGCCGGGAAUUGACAUUCUUCCGCUCCGGAGAUUUUCUCCGGCAGAACCCUGCAGCUUUAUCUGAUCACUUAACCGACAAUUCCAUCGAUCGGGGCAAGUCCACCAUCAAAGAAGUGGAUUUCUUCUCAAAUGAUAGGACUGAUAAUUUGCCGCUUGUUCAAGAGAUGAAGGGUGAAUCAUCAUCAGCUAUUGUUGAUUCCGUGGUAAACACUGGACUGAAUCUCCUGACUUCGAGCUCUGGAGUCUCAGAAAAAGAAAACGGAAAUAAAUUACCCAAUAACGAACUGAAGAAACUGCAAGCCGAGUUGGACAGACUGCACGAUGAGAACAAGAAUCUAAGAAGCAUCUUGGAUCAGAUUAGUAAAAGCUACAAAGAGCUGCAAGCUCAGCUACUCAUGGCAAUGCAAAAACAGGCAAAAGGGAAUCGGGGAGAGCAGAAGGGAAAGCUGAAUGGCAUCGCCAGUCCCAUAAUGUCACCCCAACAGUUUAUGGACCCACGCCCAUUUGCCGCAUUAGAUGUCAACGAUCCUUCGGUAUCUGAUGAUAAGGCACAGGACGUGUCAGUAUCUCCAACAAAUACGACUGAGGCUUUGUCUCAAAUAAAUCCUGGGAAACAAGCUUCGACAGACGAUGGUCUUGAUCAGACUUCUCAGAGUUGGGGAUCUCCCAAGAGUCCGAGGUUGGAACCAGGAAAGAACGAGGAGCAAGUCCCUGAAGUCCCUUUCAGGAAGGCUAGAGUGUCUGUGCGAGCAAGAUCUGAGGCUCCCCUUAUCACUGAUGGAUGCCAGUGGAGGAAAUAUGGUCAAAAGAUGGCCAAGGGCAAUCCUUGUCCGCGUGCAUACUAUCGUUGCACCAUGGCUGUUGGAUGCCCAGUUCGUAAGCAGGUGCAAAGAUGCGCAGAGGACAAGACCAUUCUAAUUACAACAUAUGAAGGAAAUCACAACCACCCUCUUCCACCAGCAGCCACGGCUAUGGCUAAUACUACAUCUGCUGCAGCAGCGAUGCUUCUUUCAGGCUCCAUUACAUCCAAAGAAGGCCUACCGUCGAAUAAUAGCUUUUUCCCUUCUUUACCCUAUGCGUCCACAAUGGCUACCCUAUCUGCGUCUGCACCAUUUCCCACCAUAACCCUCGACUUGACGCAGAGUCCCAAUCCCAUACCUGUUUUUCGCUCCCCUCUAUCAACCACAUUUCCUCUUCCUUUGCAUGGCUGUCCACAACCACAACUGCUAGGCCACCCUAUGUAUGUCCCUUCUAAGCUCCCGACAGCUGCAAUUCCAUCGGUGCAAUUAGGGCAACGGCACGCUUCAAUGGUUGAGACGGUGACCGCUGCCAUUGCUUCUGACCCAAAUUUCACUGCAGCCUUGGCGGCAGCCAUCUCCUCAGUUAUUGGUACACAGAAGAGCAAUGAUGGAAGCAGCAGCAACAUCAGUGCUCCUAACGGGGGGCUAACCGGAUUGCCUGGUUCCCCUCAACUUCCUCAAUCUUGCACGACUUUCUCCACUAACUAGGGUUACUGGUGUCUUGAGCUUUGGAUUGAGGUCAUUAUAGGAUAACAAUGGAUCUUUGUUUGGAGAGUGGGUGAAGGGUGCAACGUGGACAUAGAGAUAAAUUUUGGCAUACUUGAGCUAAAACUAAUAAAAAGAAAUUACUAUGAUUCCUGUGGA